CGGAUUGGCACAGUUGAACUUGAAAUUCAUAAUGGCUUUGAGUGGAAAACAGUUAGUUUAUCCAACUCGUGGUUUGUCGAAAGCUCACCGAUGAAUUUGAUAUCACUUGGUCAGUUGACAAAACGUGGNGAUAUUCAUUUUAAGGGUGAUUACGACUGCACUGUUGUUUAUCAGAGCGGAAAACCAGUGAUCUAUGCAGAUCGAUCAAGUAGCCAUGAGAACAUGUAUUUGGUUCGUGCUAGAAUGCCGAAAGCUAAAGUGUCGAUGUUGUCUAUCUCUAAAAAUUUGGUGGAGAGACAAGAAGAACGACAAAAUCGUGUGGAAAAGAAAGGUCAUUACAAUUGGAUGAAGAAAGAAAAGCGAUGUUAUCGAAGUGAUUGUGAUCAAGGAAUUGUGAACAAAUUCGAAUCAGUCGAAGUACCUGAACAGAACGGCAUAGCAGAGAAUAGUGUUGAACAAGUUGUUGCAUCUAUUUCUGGUGAAAGCUUGCCUGACGUUUCUGAUGAUAUUGUGGUACCGUCAACUUCGUGUGAUGAAUCGUUUGUUGGAUCAUCCAGUGAAAUUGUAAACAAGUGUGAUGACAGACAAGAAGUGUCUACGCAAAUAGGGGAGCUUGAACAAGUUUUGUGGUUCACUCUUCCUAGGACGUUUGCUGGAACAACGACAACUAAGAUGCAUGUUCCGAAUCUAAAUCGUGAUCAGAUUGCGGCAAUUGUCUAUCGAUGGUUCAUUGUGUACAACCAUAAUUCUGAUGGAUUGCCUGGUGGUCUUUUACCAUUGUUACUUGGUCAUUUAUAUCAAGGUCGUAUUUUAGUGGUAAAUGAUUGUAUAUCGACAAGGGGAGUGUUGAGGAUUGCUCGAUCAACAAUCAUUGUAUAUUAUAUUAAUGUUAAUUAAUUAAUGUAACUGUUGUUACCACUAUAUAUACAGACCAUAGUUCAGUACUAUUAAAUAUAUCUUUCUACCACUCUACCAAUACUUCUACUGCA